CACCGGGCAACCACGGCCAAGGCAUGGCAGAGAGGAGCCGAGGAAAGCGGAGGAAACAGGCGAACCCGCGGAGAAACCAAGGUGAGCCGGAGCACUGUCUGGGCUCUGAAGGCGAGGAUGAGGGCAGCGUUUGGGGGAUGGAGGUUCUGGACAGCAGAGAUGCUCAGGAUAAAGUCAGUCUGACGCCCAGCGAGGGCACGGAGCCCGGCAGUCCCGUCCCGUGUGCGGAGAGCUGGGCUGACACCGAAACCACACCGCUGAAAAUCACAGCCGCAGACCCCGAGCACUGUCAGACUGACGCUCGUGUGAUGGACGGCCCGAUUCACGCUCAACAGCGCAACGGAUCCGUGAACUCGUACCAUUUAGACUGCGCUCAGGGCGACAUGUCGCCCGUCUGCUGGUCACCAGGAGAAUACGAGUCACCCGAGGGCAAAGACGGUGGAGCCUUGAACCCUGACGUCUCUGUCAUGUCUCUGCGGGAACAUGUGAAGUUCUGUCAGGACAGGGAUGGAGGAGACGGCGUGUGUCCUCUGUGCGGAUACAGUACGCCGUACCGCGCUCAGAUGGAGCACCACUUAACCCUCCACAGCCAGACUCACCAGAAGAGCUCCAUGUCUGAGUCCGGUCUGGAGAACCGGAAGUUCAAGUGUAAUCAGUGUGGAAAGGCCUUUAAAUACAAGCAUCACCUCAAAGAGCACCUGCGCAUUCACAGCGGUGAGAAGCCGUACGAAUGCUCGAACUGUAAGAAGCGUUUCAGUCACUCGGGCUCCUACAGCUCACACCUCAGCAGCAAGAAGUGCCUCAGCGGCACUCAUUAUAACGGCCACGCCCAUCCCGUGUACCUCUUCCCGUCGCCCAUUUUCAGGAAAAAGAACACACUGCAUGCAGCUGCUGAAGCGCUGAGUCGCGGCGGUCUGGAGUAUCUGUCUCUGAUGGAUGAUGGGAUUGAUGGAGAGAUCAGUUCUGGGAGGAAGAGGCUGAAGAAGACGGAGGAAGGACUGUACGCCUGCGACAUCUGCGACAAAACCUUCCAGAAGAGCAGCUCUCUGCUGCGCCAUAAAUAUGAGCACACAGGGAAGAGACCUCACGAGUGUCAGAUCUGUAAGAAGGCCUUCAAACACAAGCAUCAUCUGAUCGAGCACAGCCGCCUGCACUCCGGAGAGAAGCCGUAUCAGUGCGACAAGUGCGGCAAACGCUUCUCACACUCAGGCUCGUACUCACAGCACAUGAACCACCGCUACGCCUUCUGCAGCCGCGACAGCGAGGCUCCCGCUUCAGCGCUGGAGGACAGCGGCGCGUAUCUGAGCGACUCCAGCACGGAGGGAGCGGCGCUGGAGCUCAGAGACGAGGAGGAGGACGAGGACGCACUCAGCAGCCGCGCUUAUGAUGGAGGCGUGAGGAUGGAGCGAGUUUCCCUGCAGCUGAAGGACAAACCCACAGAUGGAAACCAGCAUCAGGAGAGUCCCGAAGGACUCGUGUUUACCAAAGAUGUGAAACUGACUCGUCCUCUUUAGUGCUCAAACUGUGACUGUGAACAAAGUUUUCAGCCCAAAACACGCGUUUCUCCAAAGACUUGAUUCAGCAUUCAGCGUAAUCCAGAGCUUCCCUCGCUGUGAGAGGCACAAAUGAUCUGCAGCGCUACCAGAUUAAUACAUAAAUAUACUAAAUAAAUUAAUAAAUGCCAACAAUCUCAGAAAAC